AUGGCUCAUACAGACAACAGCGGUCAACCCUCUGGCGCACAAACGUCUCCGCGUACAACUGGUUUACAACUCAACAAACCGAUUACUGCUAAUCGCCAUACUCUGCCUAAUCGAUUACCCUCAACAUCAGAGACCUCAUUCGCAGAGCCGCAUCUAAUCACAAGUCCCAAGAUCACGCCACACUCAACAAACCCAAUAGCGUUGAGCCCAAAAUCAACACAAGCUCCAACCUUAAACAAGGCAGAUCAGCUGCCCUACUCUUCCAUAUCAUCCAACGCUUCUUCCUCUAGAUCUAGACGAUCGUCUGUCAGCGUUCCGCCGUUAAGCUCAGAAAAUUUGAUUGAUGUUAUGGAAAAAGAGCAAGAGGGCAUUGUGCUGAAACUAAUGAAAGAAAUACAAACUCUGAAAGAAGAGAACAAGCAGCUGAAACAACAAUUAGUCAAAUUCAUGCCGGUUUCAUCUACUGGGUCCUUUUCUUCUGCAUCGAAUUCGUCAUCACUAAGCAGAUCAUCUAGUCAGCGACGGUCAACUAUUGCUGGGUCGGUGGCUAGCUCAAAAAGGUUACCUAGUGUUUCCAAUUCGGUUCCGCCAUUCAACUCGUUCUACGAUAACCAAUCGUACGACAUACCCGAUUUCCGAACAAGCAAAACUAGGAAAAAGACGAGCAACUCGCCUACUUUUGCAAAUUACUCUCUAACACCGGUUGCAAGGAGAGAUAGUUUUGCGAGUGAUAAAUUAGGUGAAGAUUUAUCUCCUCUCUGUAUUCCAAGCGAGUCUAUGAAGGAUGAGUCUAGAGGUAGCGAUGAAAGGACGUUUGCCAAUGCAAGGUACAUUUAA